AUGGCGACAUUUCACGAUGGAGAGAAGGAAGUUCACGAGGCAAUGGGCUACGAUGGAGAGAAACCAACCGGAAAUGUCAAGAGCGUCAACACCCAAUCAGUUGCACUUGCGGCUGCUGUUGCGGCUCAGAAACCGAAUUUGUUGAGCCCUAACAUGAUCAAACUCUAUCUCAUCAUGUCCAUUGGGUAUCUCGUGUCGACCAUGAACGGCUUUGAUUCAUCGCUGAUGGGAGCUAUCAACGCGAUGAAACCGUACCAGCGUGAUAUGGGGCUGAGCGGAGCCGGGUCCAGCUCGGGUAUCGUCUUCAUCGUCUACAACCUGGGGCAGAUCGCGGCAUUCCCUUUCUGCGGCCUGCUGGCUGACGGCUGGGGACGUCGAGUCUGCAUAUUUGUUGGCUGCGUUCUCGUUCUUGUCGGCACCGCCAUUCAGGGCUCGGCCCAUGGCCUUCAACAAUUCAUCGGAGGCCGCUUCGUCUUGGGCUUUGGUGCGAGUAUUGCCUCGGCUGCCGGCCCUGCAUAUACUGUCGAGCUGGCUCACCCUGCGUACCGCGGUGUGAUGGCCGGUAUGUACAACAAUUUCUGGUGGCUGGGCAACAUCCUCGCCGGAUGGACGACCUACGGGACGAACUACCACCUCACAUCAUCUUGGGCUUGGCGGAUCCCGACAAUUGUACAGGCAGGAAUGCCAGCCGUGGUCAUGUGUGCCAUUAUGUUCUUCCCGGAGUCUCCUCGCUGGCUCAUCGCCCACGACCGUCCCGAGGAGGCGCUCGAAAUCCUGGCCAAGUACCACGGCGACGGCGACCCGAACUCGGCGAUCCCUCAGCUGCAGUACCACGAAAUCGUCGAAGACAAUAAGCUCACGCGCGAUGAGAAUCCGUGGUGGGACUUCCGCGAGUUGGUUCACACGCGGGCUGCACGAUAUCGGCUGGGUAUGGUUAUUGCAAUGUCUUUCAUCGGACAAUGGUCCGGGAACAAUGUCGUUAGUUAUUUCAUGCCGGAAAUGUUCAAGUCGGCGGGAAUUACCGAUACCAACACGCAGCUGCUGCUAAACGCCAUCAACCCCAUCUUCUCCAUGCUGGGAGCUAUUUACGGCGCGAGUCUCUUGGACAAGCUCGGCCGGCGGAAGAUGAUGCUGUGGGGUCUUGCGGGCAGUCUGUUCUUCUACAUUCUCCUGACUGCGUUUUCUGCACAUGCAAAUGCUCAGCCGAACCUCGGAUACGGUGUGAUCGUGUCUAUUUACUGCUUCGGUAUAUUCUUCGCCUGGGGCUUUACUCCUCUGCAGACCCUCUACAGCGUUGAGUGUUUGGAGAACCGGACCAGGGCUAAGGGCUCUGGGCUGAACUUCCUGUUCCUCAAUAUCGCUAUGGUCGUAAACACUUACGGAAUAGCUGUCGGAAUUGAGGCGAUAGCAUGGAAGCUUUACAUCAUAUACUGCGUUUGGAUCGCCAUCGAGAUGGUUAUCAUUUACUUCUUCUUCGUCGAGACGGCUGGUAAGACACUGGAGGAGUUGGGUGAGAUAUUCGAGGCUCCAAAUCCGAGGAAAGCAAGCACCAGGAAGGUCAAGGUUGGCCUGGACGAAGACGGUAGGGUGGUCGGUGUUGAGUCCUGA